UAAUAGCAAACAAGGACGCGUGCACCGGGCGAUAACUAGACCAACGACCAGUCUCAAUGCCACUGUUACGUGUGACGACCCGGAAUCUCGCGUGGCCAUAGAUUUGCUCCUGAGCAAUGGCGACUAUGGAGCAGCAACGGCCUUGGAGCAGGGGUGGCAUCAAUCCUCACUCACGCUCCAUGUCGGAGCGCAAGGCGAAGCGCUUCAGCCUCACCUUCCCUAUCCAAACAAGCCUGUCACCAACAUCAGCAAUCCUCUCGCCAGUCCUACCAUAUACACCUCUGCUGGCUGAGAAGCCUGCUUUACCUGCAGCGCCGACCGACUCUGCCUUCCUCACCGCUCUUGCAGCUCACGAGCGCCGCGUACUGGAGUUGAGAGAGGAGCUCAUCAAGGCCGAGCACGAACUACACCGUCUCAAGCAGACAUGGGCCGCCCACGAGGCUCACAAGAAGCGCCAACAUGAUCCUCGCGACCCUCGUAAAUUGCACAAGAUGCAGUCCUUGCACGUCGCACCAGACACUGCCGAAGCAGCACCCACUUUUCGACAGCACGACUUGGAGCGACGGAAAGCGCUGUUGAACAGCAACAAGAACUCGAGUCGCACUGUCUUUUCUGGUUCUCGUCAUGCUCGUACCUUGUCGUUGCUGUCGCCUGAUGCUAUGCGCCGACCACCGCCUCGUCCACAGGAUCCACCACAGGCCGAAAGAGACCCUCCACGUCCUCCGCCCCCGACCCGCGCACCACCUGAUACUGGUUCGAAAACCGAAGGGGCACGUACAACAGAUGACGCUGUUGAUCUCGGCUUGCCUCGCGAGGUUCUACUCAAGACUGGCAAACAGAUGGCUUCCGACUUCCGAGACGGCUUGUGGACGUUUAUUGAAGACCUAAGACAGGCAACUGUUGGAGACGAAGGUGUCAAUGGCACAACUUCGCGAACACUGUCGCAAUCUCCGAAUCUGUCCAGGUCUCCUAGACCUCAACCCAGCAGGGGCAGUCUGAAGCCGUCACCAAAUUCACAGCCCCUAAAGAGGAGUGCUACGACUGGCAGUCGACGAACGACCUCUCGCUCCCCGGCACCCUCCGCUGUCGAGGAGAUUGCUUACCUCGAUAUCGGCAACUCGUUCUGGAAUGAACACGAGCCGAAACCUGCACCCAUUCUCCGCAGAACGUCAAAGAAGUCUGCGCAUUCUCCUACCAAGGCUAAUCGCGCCUCUACUACUUCGCUCGACACAUGGGAGAGCUGGGAGACUACUGUGCCUGUGGUGGAUCCGAAGACUUCAAGAUCCGAUUCCUCGGCAUCUGAACCACGAACAUCCCCAAGUCCAGAUGGCACCAGUCCCACCACCAGCACAAGUUCGACCAGAGAUACAAAGAGAGACUCAUUACCCUGGCCGGCUCUGAAUAAACUAGCACCAAGCAAUCUUCGACGCACGGCAUCACACCUUAUGAAUGAGUGGGAAAAGAGUCUUACAUCCUCUCCUACAGAAACCGAGAGACAAGGUGAUUACCCGGAAAGAACCAUCUCUCCGGUGGGAUCUUUCAAGGAGACUAAGAAUGAUUGAUCUGAAUGACUUUUUAUGACCUCAUCUCUCUUGCAUUUAGUCCCAUGGCUUUUGUAUAUAGAUGGACUUGUAGAUAUUAGAUGAUGCAAAUAGCAUUCAUCCCGCUGAUAUUGAUUUCACAGCGAGUUAUCACCCAAUGGAGCUCGAUGACUCGCAUUUGACGUCGAUGAUGGCUGAUGUUGGCAGGGAUAAAUGUAUGGUUCCGGGUGAUGGAGAAAAGCAAGCUUGCUGAGAUGUCUAUUAUCUGCAUAGAAUCAACACAUGACGAUUAUACU